AUGGAGGUGAGGGAAGAUUUCAUGCUUUCACCUGGUUGUGAGAAUGAACCAACAUUCAGAACAGCCCAUUUUCUCAAACCCACAGCAAACUCUAUUGAUGAACCACCUUCAAAGAUUUCAUCAUCUUUUGUUUCUGAACCAAAUGAUUGGCCUUUGAAAAUCCAUUUCAAUGGGUGGCGCCAACAAAACUCAAAAUGGGAUAAGUGGGUUGAUGAACUUAAACUCAAACAUGAAACAGUGUGGAAGAAAGUUGGCAUCUUUGAAGCUAUAAUGAGCACCAAGUGUCGUCGUAUAAAGAAAAAUCAAAACUUGUUAUAUGGGAUUGUUGAAAAAUGGUGUUGUGAGACAAAUACAUUUGUGUUUCCUUUUGGUGAAGCCACAAUCACUUUGGAGGAUAUUAUGGUUUUAGGGGAUUACCCUGUCAUUGGUGAUCCUGUUUUCGUUUCGCUUGAAGACCAAGAAAUGAAAGAGAUUGAAGAUAAAUUGAUCCUUGCAAGAGAACAACUUUAUAGGAAACAAGGAGGUAGGCCUAGAACAACAUUAUGGAUGGAUGUUUUUGUUGAUAAAGGUAGUGAAAUUGAACAUGAAGCAUUUCUUGCUACUUGGUUGUCGGUUUAUGUUUUUCCUCAUAAAGCUUUGGUGAAAAAAUCUUUGUUUCCUAUUGCUGUUCAUCUUGCUAGAGGAAAUCCUAUUGCUUUGGCACCGGCUGUUUUAGCUAGCAUAUAUAAGGAUUUAACUUUGUUUAAGAAAACAAUAGUUGGUUUGUCAAAAUAUCCUGUUGGUGGCGAUAGAUUUUCUAAGGAGGUUAGUCUUCAAUCACCCUUUUACUUGGUUCAAAUUUGGGUGUUGGGAAGGUUCAAAAGUUUACAAUCACAACUAAAAACCACGAUGACCAACCACGGAGACCCUUUUUGGUUUAGGUGGCGUAUGAGUAAAGACUUGAAAAUUGAAGAUGUUAGGUUGACAUUAGACUCAGCUAUUGAUGAUUUUAUUUGGCGUCCAUAUGUUAGAUAUGCUGAUAAGCGUGGAAUGUUUUAUCCAUAUGAUGAAAUUUUGGUACCAUUUAAGAAAGAUUUGGUGGAUGAACAAAUGCUGUCAUUUGUUAUAUGCUUGAGAGUAUCUGAACUUGUUGGAUUUGACUCUAUAGAGCAGUAUCUGCCACAUAGAGUUGCUAUGCAAUUUGGAAUGGAUCAAGAUGUUCCAAGUGAUGUGCCUAGAUUCAAUGAGGCUAAAUCCAUUGCUUGGAAACACUACUGCAGGCCCAUAUCUGAUAAAAAAAUGUAUUUUCCAUCGAGAUUUUUUGAGGGAAAUGUUACCUCACGUUAUGCAAGGUGGUGGAAGCAAUUGGUAUCUGGCAGCAACGAUUUUGUUAAGAAAAGUGUGCAGCAGAAGAGAUGUGCAUGUUCAACGAAACCUAGAGCUGAUGUAGGAAAAGCUAACAAAAGUGGUAAUGAUGUUGGUGUUCCACCUGGAUUUCCUCCCAAUCUUGUUGACACUCUUAGGUACAAGUGUGGUGGCAUAAUCCAUGAAUCUAAGCAUUUAAAUAACCAAUGUUCGUCAUCUUUAGCUGGUUAUGAAAAGAUAUUACCACUGAAGAGGUCAAUUUCAAAAGAUAACAUCGAACUUUCAAUAAGGUGUUUGGAGGAAGAUUUUGAAGAUGCAAAUGGGAGAGAAGAAGCAAGAUGCAAAAACUUUUCUAUCAGAAAAAAAGUUACUCCGAACAACAAUGUAACUGCUGCGCAGCAAUAUUCUCAGUUUCACUCGGAUAUGGCUGCUCAAGCAGACGCUAAAGAAACAGCUGAAGAAAAAGAAAGGGAAGCAAGAGAUGAUGAAGUUAUGGUUUUGUUAAAAGAGGAAUGCAUGAAGAAUCAAGAGGAGCUCGCACGUCUGGCAAGACAACAGGAAGAGAUGUUACGGUUAAUGGGUUUGUGGGAGAAGAAGGAUGAAGAGUUGAGGCAACUACUCACUAGUGUUUUGAGGAAUCAACAGCCAUCAUCGUUUCUUCCUUAA